AUGCGUGCCACCUAUAUCCUCGGAGCUCUGCUCUCAACCACCCUCGGCUUGGCUGCCCCCAUCGAGGACACCAACUUCAACGAGACAUUAGAGUCAACCGAGUUCGACACCCGAAACGACCAGAAAACUAUAUGCCUCUCGCAAGAUCCCAAGGGCGACAAUGGAAUCGUACCCACCGGCUCAGCCCUCUACUACAACAUCUACAUCAAGGGCCAGGACCUCAUGCAGAAGGACGACCACUGCACCAACUCCGCUCUGAAGAUGCGCAUCAAGCAGCAGUCCGCGUGCAAGGCCCUCACGAACUGGAAGUGCAAGUACAACCCCAAGACGAAGGAGACGUACGCCACCUUCUUUGAGGACAUCUUCUGUGGUGCGAAGCAGAUGGUUACUGCGGUGGAGGCUUCCACCGACCCCAAGAUUAAGACGUCUUGUAUUCAUGUGAAGGAGAAGAAUGCUGGGUUGGGUGAAGGGGUAGAUGCUGCUGUUGCGGGUAUAUUUAAUGCGCUGGGUGGGGCAAUCACUAGAUAG